AUGACAUUAUGGAGGUGGCCUUCCUCAUCUGAGAAGGAGGGAAAGAAACCGAAAUUCGUCGAGUUGAGGUCAUCAAAAUGGUUUAUCAUGUUCGUCGUCGCCUUUGCUACGGGGACGGAUAUCUUCAUGUACGGUCUUAUCGUACCGGUCACGCCAACUGCAUUAAAAGACAGAGUCGGGAUUUCAGAGGGGGAUGUUCAGAGCUGGACAUCGAUUCUUCUCGCUCUCUAUUCGGCUGCUUUGUUAGCCUUUUCGCCCGUUGUCGGGUACAUCGCUGAUCGAGCCGAGUCCCGUCGGUGGCCUUUGCUGGUUGGUCUCGUUGCGCUGGCCGCUGCGACCGCCCUGCUAUGUGUCGGUACCCAUAUCGGAUUGUGGAUUGCUGGUCGCUUGUUUCAAGGUGCGGCCGCUGCGGUGGUGUGGACAGCCGGCUUGGCACUGAUGGUAGACACUGUGGGAAAGGACGACCUCGGCCAAGCUAUUGGCUAUGUCUCCAUGGCUAUCAGUAUUGGAACGCUAGCCGGGCCUCUUCUUGGUGGAGUUGUCUAUGAGCAUGGUGGAUAUUAUGCCGUGUUCGGCCUUGCCUUUGCUUUCAUCGCCAUCGAUAUCAUCCUGCGAUUGGUGUUGAUCGAGAGAAGACAUGCUAUCAAAUGGCUUGCACCGGAGAUGACACCACUUUCUGUACAUGGAGAUCAAUCGACGGAAAAAAAGUCCGGGGAAUCCUUAAAACGUCCCAUGUCACCAACCAACGGCUCUGAGGCCCGUGGAUCCUUAAAACGUCCCAUGUCACCAACCAACGGCUCUGAGGCCCGUGAAUCCCAAUCUCCUUCUCCCUCACGGAGUGCGUUCGGGCGUGUCGCCAUUUUGUUGACCUCGCCCCGUCUCGUCGUGUCCGUCUGGGGAUAUUUCAUCCUGUCAAUAGUUCUGACCUCAUUUGACAGUGUCCUUCCACUCUUCGUGCAAGAGACAUUCCGGUGGCCGCAAAGUGGCCAAGGUUUAAUCUUCAUCCCACUCAUGGUGCCACACCUCUUGGACCCACUGACGGGUUAUAUUAUCGACAAUUACCCCAAAUCCUGUCGCUACAUCACCACAGCGGCAUUCCUCGCUUCCGUUCCUGUGCUGGUGCUCCUACGUCUUGUCAUGCAUAACUCGAUGCAGCAGAAGAUUCUCCUCUGUGCUCUCCUCGCUUGUGUUGGAGUGUGCAUUGCUGUGGCUAUGCCACCACUCAUUAUGGAGGUCUUCUUUGCUGUGAAGGAAAAGGAAGAUAAAACUCCUGAUAUCUUCGGUCGGGGUGGCGCUAUGGCUCUAGCUUUUGGGCUGUCGAAUAUGGGAUUUGCGGCUGGAAGUCUGAUCGGGCCGUUCUUUGCGGGAUUUAUUCGUCAGGAGGCUGGUUGGGGGGCGAUGGCAUGGGCAUUAGGAUUGAUAACUGGCAUAUCAUCUAUCCCAAUCCUGCUCUUCGUUGGUGGCUGGAUCUUGAGAAAGCCGGUCAAGUCAGAGAAUGAAGGGCAAGUGACAGACAGCGCACCUGGCCCAUGA